CGGCAGAAUUUCUUGCCGACCCUAGUGCAUCGAUAUGCGCUCCCCCUCGUCCAGGAUUCCCCCUGGACUUCCUUACGCUCUGCGAUUUUUGGUGGCGCGAUUGGCGCCGGUCACCGCUGUCGUGAUCGUACUACGAGUGGGGCAGGCUCAAGGCAUCAUCCACAUCCCAGCCGUUUGGCUGGCAAUUUCUGCUGUGCUCAGCAUCACGCUCCUGGUUGCCGUACGCGUCGUCUAUUCGAAAUAUGAUCUACAGCGGCGUGCGGCCCGUCUCGGUGCCGUAUUACCGCCCAGUUGGGAAGGGAAGUCGAUUGGCAAUAUCGACCUCCUCCAGUACGGCAUCGAGAGAUGGAAGAACGGCUACAUCGGCGAUGGCUUCUGGGAGAAGUGCGAGGAACUUGGCGGCAUCCAUUCGGUGACUCUGUUCGGGGAGCUGAUGUAUGUGACUACGGAUGCGAAUAUCAUCAAGGCUAUGCUUGCUACACAAUUUGAGGAAUUCGUCAAAGGAGAUCGAUUUGGCGAAACGAUGAACGACGUUCUCGGUGAAGGUGUCUUCAACGCCGACGGCGAUUUGUGGAAGUUCCACCGUACGAUGACCCGUCCCUACUUCACCAAGGAUAGGAUCUCGCAUUUCGAUAUGUUCGAUCGGCAUGCAGACCUUGCCAUCCGAAAGAUGAAGGAACGCUUCCGAGAUGGUCGCGCCCUCGAUUUCCAAGAGCUCGUCUCUCGUUUCACUCUCGACAGUGCCACAGAGUUCUUGUUUGGCAACUGCGUUCACAGCUUGAUGAACGACUUACCCUACGCAUACAACGACCGUCGUUCUCCGCAAAUCGCGCAAACAGCGUCAAGCGCAUCUACCACAUUCUCUCAAGCUUUCACAGGGGUACAGGAGGCUCUUGCAGUGCGCCUACGCAUCGGCUGGAGUUGGAUAUUCGCAGAGAUGUUCAAGGACACUACGAGAAAACACAUGGAGGUCGUAUCUGCGUACGUUCAGCCCAUCAUAGAGGAAGCGUUGAGGAAGAAGCGAAGUGCUAUCGGCAAGGAUGAAAAGGUGACGGAGGACGAAGAGACACUGUUGGAUCAUCUGGUCAAGAAAACAGAAGAUCCUACCAUCCUCCACGACGAGACGCUGAACAUCAUGAUCGCAGGUCGCGAUACGACUGCGGCUACCUUAACGCUCGCGGUGUAUCUCUUGUGUUUGUAUCCCGAAGCCUUCAAUAAGCUCCGAGCAGAGAUCAUGGAGAAGAUCGGUCCAAAGCAGAUGCCAGGCUUUGAUGAUAUCCGGAACAUGAAGUAUCUGAGAGCCGUCAUUAAUGAAACGCUACGGCUAUAUCCUAUAGUACCAUUCAACGUCCGCGUUCCUACACAUGAUACGACCGUACCAAACCCCGACCCGUCUCAGCCUCCGAUCUUCGUCCCUGCUGACAUCAACCUUGCAUACUCUGUCUUCAUGAUGCAUCGCAGGAAGGACUACUGGGGUCCAGAUGCGGCGUACUUCGAUCCUGAACGCUUCUUGGACGAACGUCUGAACAAGUACUUCACCGGCAACCCAUUCAUCUUCCUUCCGUUCAACGCCGGACCUCGUAUCUGCUUGGGCCAGCAGUUCGCGUACAACGAAAUAUCGUUCUUCCUCAUUCGUCUGCUGCAGCACUUCUCGCACAUGGAGCUCGAUCUGGAUGCGCAGCCGCCUGAAGCACGGCCGCCUCCCGAAUGGGCCAACGACGAAGGACAUCGUGGCAAGGAGAAGAUUUCCCCCAAGGUACACCUGACGCUCUACGUGCAGGGUGGUCUCUGGGUCAAGAUGACUGAAGCAGACCGAGAUGACUAGGUUGGGCUAAGUGGCUCAGCCAGCAAAUAAAGGAGGCCCUCAAACAUACUUUACGGUCGGGCUAGUACUCAGUACAUUGACCUGUUGAUAGCUCGGACUAGCUUCCGUGCACAGGUUUCCUAUUGCUUCCGUUGGAGCAAGCCAUCGGCUGGCAUAUAAUAAAAACCCCUC